AUGUGGAAUAUACGGAAAAUUUUGAUCGGCUUUGUGGCCAUUGGAGUUGUUUGCCAGUUAUCAUUGGCCAAAGGAUUCGAAGAUAACGACAACAAUAACGACGAUGUAAGAAAUAUUCGUGUACGCAGAAGUACCAAGAAUAAAGAAGAAAAGGAGGACAAAUAUACCAAACCUAAGGAUACCGCUUCUAGCCGUUCCCAAUUGCUCAACCAAGAGGUUAAUAAUCCAGAAUUGGCCAUAGAACAGCCUCAAGGAAAUUCAGUUGAAUUCAGUGGCAAAUAUUUAGGAUUCCCCAACGAUGCUGCAGUAUAUCCUCCCAGUUAUUCAUUCUUGAGAGCACCCAUGCCUGCAUAUGCUUCAUCGUUUCCCUAUCCAGGUUUAGCUGGUCUUCCACCACCACAGCAGAUGCGCCAGAAUUUCGCCAGACCACCACUGAAUACCUUUGGCUACUUCUUUGGAAAUCCCUCGUUCCAAGCCAACGCUAUUACUCCCUUUAUCCAAAAUGGCAAUAGUUUCGGAAGACCACAACCAGGACCUCAAUUACCAUCUCCCGUAGGUAUUCCACAGUAUCCAGUAUCAGGAGCACCAAUGCCUCAGUUGCCAGUUUCCGCUGGACCUUAUGCCAAUAACUUUAUGUCAUAUGGCAAUCAACAGCAGCUGCAGCAGCAACAACCACAACCACAGAUACCAUUACAACCACAACAGCUUCAACCCCAGCCAGCGGUCCAACCUUUUGUUGCCCCUCAAUAUUCCGUACACAAUUUACAAACCGGACCGGCUAGUCUCCAACUCCAAGCAUUCGCUCAACAUCAGCCGGAACAAUUCAAUCCCAUGGCAAGAGCUGAUUUUGGCCUGCCACCAGUGUUACUUGCCAACUACCCCAGAUAUCAACGUUCUCUUAAACAAGCGAAAAAAGAUUAA